AGUGGAUUGGUUCAAAAUGGCAUCAAUCAGACUUCUUUUCCUCCGCACUCCUGGCGAGCUGGAUGUGGCUGGUGACUGUUUUCCAAUACAACCAUUUAGACAGUGGAAGGGGGUCCUUGAGGGAAUCGGAGCUUUUAUGAAAUCUGGUUUUUGCCGUCCAGGGGGAAAAGAAUGGAUGCACUACUGCUGCCAAAGGAAGCUGGAAAAUUUAUAUCUGACAACAGCAAAGAUGUCUUUAUAUUGGAAAAAGGAGUUUGGAAAGUUGCUGAAAUGCUGUUUGUAAAAAGAAAUUCAAAGGAACUCGAUGCAACAGGAUGGAAGCUACUCCAUGAUCUAAACCCACAAACAAUGAAUGAGGCAUCUGUCAACUGGGUAUUUGUCGUAGACACCCUCAAUUUUUCCUUUUGGUCGGAAAAUGAUGAUCACAAGUGCUUGAUUAAGUACAAAGGCAAAAUGCAUAGUGGCUUUUGGUCACUUUGUGCUGCUAUUAACAGAGCGCUGGAUGAAGGCAUUCCCAUUACCAAUGCAUCAUAUGUUGCGAAUAUAACACUAGAUCAGCUGAAAUAUGUGCUACGUUCAGACACUGGAGUUCCAAUGCCUUUGAUUGAAGAACGUCUCAAAGUACUGAAAGAGGCUGGAAAUAUAUUGCUAGAGAAGUUUGAUGGUUCGUUCCUUAAUUGCAUUAAGAAGAGUGAAAAUAGUGCUCAGAAGCUGCUACAGCUUGUGGUGGAAAAUUUUCCAUCAUAUAGAGAUGAAACAAUGUUUCAGGGCAAGAAAGUUGCUUUUUACAAAAGGGCACAAAUCCUUGUGGCAGAUAUCUGGGGCCUACUGGAAGGAAAGGAGGAUGGUUUCUUUCAUGACAUAGCCAGUCUGACUAUGUUUGCAGACUACAGAAUCCCUCAAGUACUUGUCCACCUCGGAGCCAUGAAAUACUCAGAAAAACUAAUGGAGAAACUUAAACAAGGUGUGUUGUUCCAAUCAGGGGAUUGUGAAGAGGUGGAGAUUCGAGGCUGCUCCAUUUGGUGUGUUGAGUUAAUAUUGCGUUGCAUACUGGAACUUGGAGCACAGAAAGGGUGCACAAAUGCACACAUCAAUUCUGUUUUGAUCGAUUAUUACUUGUGGGACUAUGCUAGAGAUCACCAAAAGGAUAUGGAAGACAUCCCCAUCCAUCAUGUUCGCUGUAUCUAUUACUAAUUAGAUAUUAUAGAUUUCUAUGAAGUGAAAAGAUGCAACCUAUUUUGGGAGAAAGAACAAUGUUCAGUCAUUAAAUUGUAGACUCUUGUCUUGGUUCAUAUAUAUGAAUUUGCAAAUUAGCAUAAUGAUCUUUUACAAAACCUUGUAAUAAUAGCUAACGCAACUAGAUGGUAUAAAAGAAAGCAAUGCAUUUCUCAAAGUAGGUUAGUGAUCAAGUUAAUUCUCUCCACUGAAUUCCUAAAAGCACCUCUGUAUUGCAGUGCAGAAUGAAGAUAAAAUAUUUUGUCAGAAAGAAGUCUAAAGAAAAUGGGCUGGGUACCUUUUAGUGAGUGGCCUAGUAAGUGUACUUGUACCCAAAUGAGAACAACAUUAGGUUUUUUUUUUCCUGGGAGUUGGCUACAUAUCUGCCUUACAUCCCUUCCAAAUGGAAAUGAUAACUUGUUUUGAAAUAUGCCAUUUGAAGUCUGCAUAGUAGGCCAGAUCACAACUGCGUAUAAUCAUGGCAAUUUUAAAGAUUAUUCACCCAAUUGAGUUCCAUCCCAGCUCUUUGUAGAGUGGUCCAAUCAGUCUUAUUACCCCACUGCCCAACAAGUUUAUUUCUAUUGAGAGUCCAUCCAAUUUCCUUUUCAAGAUCAUUUAUCAUCUCUGCUUCCAUCACCCAUGUAGAUACCAGGAUUCAGGCCAUUACCACUGUAUGGAAAAAAGCAAUUUAUCACAUUUUCCCCUACGAACACAUCCUAAAGAUCUUGCUCCAUGGUCUUUAUACCUUUAGCUUAUGGGUACAGCUUCUCUUUGUCUGCCUUAUCCAAACCUGCCAUGAUCUUGUGCACCUUUUUAAAAAUCUCCCAUCUCCAAACUCCUUUGUCCAAGAGCAAUCUUAACUUCCUGAACUUAAUCUUGUAGCUAAAAUUCCUCCACCCUGGAACCAUUCUAACAAAUUUCCUCAGCACCUUCUCAGGGAUUCUCAUCUCAUUUCGAUGUGACCAGAACUGGACACAAUACUCUCUAGAUAUGGCCUAACCAAACCAUUGUAAAGGUUCAAAUGUACUUGGCAUUUUAUUGAUAAACCAGCAAUUUUUUUUUUUUUAAAUCAAAGUUUCUGCACAGCUGGCCUCAAAACCUCUCAUUUCAGUACCAGUCUGUAAGGAAUAGGUGGUUACCCCACUGAGAACAUGCCUGUGGUAUGUGUUGAGAGGUGAUAUCUAAAUGGAUGUUUGGAAAGAUGGUGUGUACUCUUAUGUGUGCUUUAAAGAUAUAAGUUUUAAUUUAAAUUUAUACUCUGAAGCUUUCUUGUUAAAUUUAAGCAAAUAUCAACCAAUAAAGUUGCACUUUUACCUGAUUCUAA